AAUUUAUGGUGCAUUAAUUAAAAAUAUAAAAUAAUAAUAUCGCUGAGUGAAAAAAAAUGCAAGUGAAUAAUAUCCCCUAUAUUUAUCGCAAGCAACUUUUCAAUUACUUAGAAAAGAAAAAAAAAAAAGGAUAAAUUAAUCGAAUUAUUUUACGAUCACAUUGAUUGAGCAGCGCGAGCUCGGCUUAAUUCAAUAUAAUUGCCUGUCUUUACUGUUUAUUACUAUUCUGAUAAAAUAGUGAAAUUAAUUUUAUAUGUUAAUCGCUAGCUAUAAAUGCAAUAAUAAAUGCAAGAGCAGUGCACAUGCUUUAAAAAUGCGCACCAAAAAGAUAUUUUGUGUCUAAUUACGUAAUACAUUUACAAAUAUAUUAUAACUAUAUAUAGAGCGAAAAAAAAAAAAAAAAACAAAAAAAAAAAAACAAAAAAAAAAAAAGAUCAUCAAAUUUUGCUUGAUUACACUUUUGAAUUGACUGCCGUAAAGGAAUAGAUUGCAUAUAAAUAUAUAUAUAUAUAUAUAUAUUCAUAUAUAUAUACAUAUAUGUAUUUGCUAUAUAUUUUUCACUGACAAAAUUCACUGAGAGAAUUAUUGUUACGAUGUACCUCCUUAAAAAUGUACGUUAAAUAAUUCCGAGCUAUUCAUUUGUGUGUUGAACGGGAAUUCUACAGUUUAUUUAAAAUUUGUGGUAAUGGUACUGAAUACUAUGGACUGUUCGGGGCGUUCAAACACCAUUGAACGCGACUCGGAAUUGGGUGAUGACAUGUCACAUGAUGAUCAUACGGAUGAUGAAAUGCGUGACUGUGAUUCAGUUGAAGGAGAGCAGCAGCAACAACAUAUCGGUCGUAGCGAGCAUUUAAAUACGUCUUUACCAUCGAACGGAGGUAACAUGAAAUAUAGCGCCGUCGGUCGGCGUACUCCCGUAGACCAUGCCAAUGAUAUGUCAAUGAGUCAUCAUCAUCAUUUUCCAUCAAAUCAUCCGUUAAACGCUUUACGUGAUUUUAUAAGUAUUGGAGGCCUGCAUAGUAUACAAAAUUUGCAGCAUAGCGAUGUCUUGGAGAAAUUAAAAAUGCAAGUUCCUGAUAUGAAAGUUGGUUUAAUGGAACAAGAUUAUGCCGUACAUGCGGCUGCUUUCGGAGGAAAUGUACUACCUGCCCCAAUUACUACAGCUUUUACUAUGCCACCAACUACAAUGCCACCAUUUAGUCACGUACCUCAAGGUGUAGUUGCUCAGUCCGGUAACAACGUUAUAACGUGCAAUACACACAUUAAUUCCAUCCAAACUUCAACGUCAAGUGGCGUUUCAAUGCUUAAUGGCUGCAAUAGUAAUAAUAGCAACUUCUCAUUUACAUCACCCACCGCUCCUAGUACAAAAGAUGUGAAUCCCGUUUCUAAUACGUCAGCAUCAAGCGAUACAUCAAAUUCGUCUCAACAGAAUAAUGGCUGGAGUUUUGAAGAACAAUACAAACAAGUCAGACAGCUUUAUGAAAUCAAUGAUGAUCCCAAACGCAAAGAAUUCCUCGAUGAUUUAUUUUCAUUUAUGCAAAAACAGGGUUCGCCGAUAAACCGUUUACCCAUAAUGGCAAAAUCCGUACUGGAUUUGUACGAAUUAUACAAUUUGGUAAUUGCUCGCGGGGGAUUAGUCGAUGUUAUUAAUAAAAAGCUAUGGCAAGAGAUUAUAAAGGGACUGCACUUACCGUCAAGCAUAACAAGUGCAGCAUUUACGCUGAGAACGCAAUAUAUGAAAUAUCUUUAUCCGUACGAAUGUGAAAAGAAAAAUUUGAGUACACCCGCCGAACUGCAAGCAGCGAUCGAUGGCAAUCGUCGUGAAGGACGUCGUUCUAGCUAUGGCCAAUACGAGGCCAUACAUAAUCAAAUGCCAAUGCAACAAAUGGCCCGACAAAGUUUGUCAGGUGGCUUGCAACAAAUGUCGCCGCUGGCAUUGGUUACACAUGCCGCCGCCGCUAAUAAUCCACAAGCUGCUGCACAGGCUGCUGCUGCCGCAGCACACCAUAGACUGAUGACUGCUCCCGCCUUUGCCCAAGUGCCGAAUUUGAUGUCUCACGAUUUUGAGCAACGCAUGUUGGAAUACUUGAAACUGCUUCAAGCGAACAAAGAGCAGAAUGUAGAGGCGGCGGCAUCCGCCAUUAGCAACAGUAACAGCAAUGGACACCCAAUGACACAUUCACAGCAACAAUCGGCCCAACAACAUCAGUCGACAUCACGUCAGAGAUCGCAAAGUCCCGAUGUUAGUCAACAUGAAGCUUUCAAUGUAUUGGGAAUGUCACGUGUAGCAUUAUGGCAAAUGGUUAACAAUCAUGCAAGUCCACCCGUCUCAGUGAAUGCAUCUCUACAUGGCGAAGGUGAUAGCAGCGGUGAUGUCGGCAACGGUAACGUCAAAACUGCCAGCGAAAUAUCAGGCAUUAAACGUGAACACGUAACUAGUCCAGAGCAAUAUGGACGAGAAGACUUCUUCAACCAUCAGCCGCCGCCAACAAAACGAGCUAAUUUUUACAUACCGGUCGCUCCUAAUUUCCAAUAUAAAGACAACGACUCGAAUGGUGAUCCUCAUCAAGAACCUGACGAAGAUGACGGUGAACAAAAUUCAACGGCGAAUUCCCCACCUGGAGAUGCAAAUGAAAGACCCUUAAAUGGUGUACCUGGUCAUCUGCCGGCGUUCCAAGACAUGAGCAACAGCGUACACCACGACAAAUCUGAUGAUUCUGCCAUAGAAAACUCACCGUCGACGUCGGCCGCGUCUGGAGCUACAACUCGAGUCUCGCCGGUAUCAACCAAGAAAAUUCAUUUAUCUAAGCAAGUCCAUCACACUACCGACCCCUCUAGCGACAACCCUAACGGCGUCGACAAAUUAACGGCGUGUAACUCAGCUUUCGAUUUAUUAUCUGGUUUGCAAUUCCGAGUGACACGUAAUGAUAUUAGUACAAAUGGUGAACACCAUCUUACAGUAAAUCUGGAAUUAAAUGGUGUCACGUACUCGGGAAUACUUAAUGCAAAUAUUUCAGGUGCUACCAAAACGACGAAAACCGAAAGCAACAUUGCCGACAGCGGCAAGAAUAACGAUAAUGAUGGUAACAAAUUAAACUGUGUUGGUAAUCAUUCUGCCAGCACAAGCAAUACCUAUGCAAGCACAUUUGAACAGCCGAAGGUCGUGGACUCUGCGAUCGCUGAGACCGUAAGUGAUACUGAAACGCCAUCAAAAAGACCGACAGCUAUCGUCACGUCAAAUGGAUCAACCAAGGCCUCGCUCAAUAAUACUUUAAUCUCAUCAUAGAAAUAACAUAAUUUCAACACCUGACGAUCCAAACAAACUUUUGUUUAUAUGAAAUAAAAGGAGCGUAAUUUGAAAAAAGGAAGAAGAGAAAGCAAGGCGUACGCCCAACAAGAAGAUAACAGAAAUUAAUAAAAAUUUAAUAUGGGUUAACAUAAACGUACAUAUGGUAUACCCGUAAAGAGAAUAGACGAGAGUUUCAAUUAUAAGCUUUUUUUUUUCUUCUUUAUAACCGUACGCCAUUGCAUAGACUACCACCAGACACUACCACCUCAAAAGGAAAAGAAAGAAAUAAAAAAAUUGAAAUCAUUCGCGACAUAGGCAUAAAGACAUAACGUAAAGUAAUGAUACCUAUAUUGCUAAGGAGAUCAGUUGGUGUUUAAGGAGCAGCGCACACACUUACGACAUGACAUGGCCUACGGAGGAAGCUUAUUUCGUUACUCUCCGGAUUUCAUUAUCGGCGUGUAAAGGUGAAAGGGAGAAAGGAGGGAGUUCAUAACGCUUGUAUGUGAUGUUUUAGGAAAGUUAUGAAUCUCGGCAACUUACAACAACACAUAUUGUUAUAUAACAUUUUAAUAUUAAAUAAUUGUAGGCAUAUAGACCAAAGUAUAUUUUCCAGAAAAGAAAAAAAAGACUAAAAAACUUUACUUAGUGAAUGAACAGUGUAAAGUUUUCUUGAUUAUCAUUUCAAAUUUUAUUACAUAUUUUAUCGAGUAGAAAUAAACACUUAUUCAAUGGCGUUUGUCCUGGACGCUGGGGCGGGGUCGUAUUACUUGAUGAUAAAUAUACAUAGGCGUUUGUGUAGCGCUAUUUUAUAUGUGAAUAAGUGAAAAGUGAGAUAUAUUCUCUUAAAAUUUCUCAAACCGAUUUUCCUAUUGAUUUCAAAAAUGAUAUCUAAGAAGAAAUUUUUUUUUUUAAUAGUCAGUAAUGUAAGUAAACAAAAAAUUGAAUGAAUAAAUUUUUUUUAGUUACCUAUCUAUCUAUCUAUCUAUCAUUUGCUAAAUUGAUUUUCGUGAUCUGUUUUUAGAAAGCAUUUUUGUUAAACAAAAUUUUGAAAAAACCAUCCCAUUGCAUGGAUUUGAUUUAUCCGAAAUAGGCAUGCAGUUCAUUCAUGUAUUUAAAUAUACUUUCAAUGAACUUCACUCUCUUAAGUAAGACACACACACGACAGUUGAUGAUGAAGAAAAUUAAAGAGAAAAUAAAUAUAAAACAAAUAUUUUAAACAAACUACAACAGAAAAACAGAAAAGACACUAAUAUUAAAAAUAUAUCGCAUUAUAGUGGAAAUGUAUAAUUACUUGAUAUUAAGUAAUGAUUUAGUCAUAUGUAAUCAUCAUUAUCAUCAUCAUCAUCAUCAUCACCAACGGCAUCAAC